AUGCCAAGAAAAGGCAAUAAAGUCCGCCCUCAAGAGUCGAGCGAAUCACCAUGUAAAGAUUCAUCUGAAAAAAGCGACACUGAAGACGAGGUCACACCACCAGACACUCCUCCGGCCCGGAAAAUCCUUAGAAGACUAUUGGAAACCGAAGUACAAAAGGCAAUGCAAGAGCUAGACGAAGAAUUACCCUCCGUAACGACAAGAAAAGAACACCGUGCAGCCUCACUUAUUCCAGAAUUCGACCCCGAUAAUGAAGAAUGUAGUACCGCAACAGCGUGGCUCAAGAAAAUAGAUCAACUAGGCGAAAUUCAUGGCUGGAGUGAAACUACAAAGUCGUUUUACUUACAGCAUAGACUAAGAGGUCAAGCCAGACGAUGGUACAAUCGGCUUGAUGACUACGAUUAUUCCUGGCAAGAAUGGAAGCAGAUGCUGACGCGUGCUUUUCCCAAACAUCGCGAUUUCGGGAACAUGUUAGAAGAGAUGAUGAGCCGAAAGAAACUACCAACGGAAUCGAUGACGAAAUACUACCAAGACAAAGUGGCCAUGUGCUUCCGGUGUAAGUUGUCUGACAGCGCAACAGUCUCCUGCAUCAUUCGUGGUCUACCAUCAUCACUUCAAGCGAAUGCGAGAGCAUAUCAGUGCGAGCAUCCCGAAGAAUUAUAUGAAGGCUUUCUCUGUGCGCUGGAUGAUUAUCAACCGCUGUCAACGUCAAUUAGAACACGUGUGCAAAGUAAAGAUGCUUACGAUCGACAGGUAAUUGAUAAAAAAUACACGCCUAUUAACCCUGACAUUGACCCGUGUCCGCGCUGUAAGAAGACCGGCCACAUAUUACGUAACUGCCCGUAUCCAGAUUCACGAACAUGCUUCAAAUGUGGCAAGCAAGGCCACAUUGCUACGCGCUGCGGAAUCACUCCGAAACCUGCGCUACUGGCUGAUGAUAAAGUUAAAGAAAUUAAACUUUUACAAAAUCACAACAAGAUUUACGAAAAAGCGGUAAAGAUCAAUGGCGUUCACGUUAAAUCUUAUAUUGAUACCGGCAGCCAAGUAAAUGUAUUAUCUACCCACGUGUCGAGACUAUUGGAUCUCAAAAUCAACCCGACCAGCACUAUCCUAAAGGGAUUCUCUGGAGAACAUCUACCCAGCUGCGGAGAGGUAGGUUUUAAACUAGAAAUCGAUGGUAUACAUAUCCCGUGCAAGGCUCAUUUAACAGACGUGGAUAUGGGGAACAUCCAUCUUUUGGUUGGACAGCCCAUCAUCAACAGCGACGGAAUGGUCUUAGAGGUCAGGGAAGGAAAAGCCACUCUCAAACAAGAUAUCGACUUUACAAGGCAAAUGGAUGUGAUUGAAGAGCGCGCUCGCUUUAAGGUCGUCACUACAGAGAAAGAGCGUCUAUUGCCUGGACUUUCCAUCAUCAAGGUCAACGUGAUAGAUAAUGACGAAGAUAACGAUGUCGUCACUACGCCGCAACAUUAUGAGCUACGAGGUGUUUCGUACUCAAUUCCUGCCACUCUGCUACGAGGCACCGUCGGGUACAUCAAAGUCAUCAACAAUGGAGCUCAAAACAUCAUCUGGAAGCAAGGCGAGGUGCUGACCAGAGCAGAUAGCUGCGUCACCGCACCGCAACCAGAAGUUCAGGUUAGCCCUAAAAAUUACACUUUGCCAUCGACUUCCGUAGCCAAAACCAAUAAUGAUUAUUAUAGCAACUCUAUAGCAUCUCUGUUGCAUACUAGCCUAGCAAAUGUUAGCACUAUUGGGGGAAUAAACAUAGAAGAUAUUAAGUCGGGUCCAUUAAAUAAAAAUGAUCAUGAUAGUUUAAUUACUUUAUUGACUAAUUACAGUGACUGUUUUGCGAAUAAAACACAAGACUUGGGAUGUACAGAUUUAUUAAAAAUGAAAAUAAAAUUGACAACUGAACAACUAUGA